AUGAUUCAGCCCGGUGCGCUUCAUGCCGUGAAUCCUUCAGGAGGAAUACGAGGUUGGAUCCUCGUAUCACUCCCCACUUCACCAGUGGGAUUUCUUCAGCCCCCAGGCCGUGAUUCCUCCGGAUCCUCGACCACGAGGCUAUCCGGCAUGAGAGACUGUGAUUCUGAGACAUCGCUUAAAAGCUUACAAGUGAAGAUGGAAUCAGACCCUCACACCCCUUGUCGGUAUCUUCCGCUUGGUUUCAGCAUGGCAAUUGCUUAA